CAUGGCGACUUACAGUAGAAGCGUCAUGUGAAUAAUUUUAGCAGCGGUUUCUAUCAGUUUAUUUGAUUUUAAAAGGUGAUAAAUGGAGUAACUAGAUUUUAAUUCAAGAUCGAUGGCCAAAAUGUUGCGUUCUACACGUAUGUGGGGUAUUUUCACACGGAACACAAAUGUUAAUGUUAUAAAGUGGGCUUCAGCAUCCUCAAAUGAGCGAAGAUCAUCUGUCCGUCCUUCUGAGAGAGUGCAUCAAGGACCCUUGAGAUUCUUUAGUGAAUCAGUGACUUUAUCACCUCCGAGAUGGACUGAGAGCAACUACAAGACUAGUUCAGACGCAUCUGCAUCUGAUCGUGUGAAUGAGGAAGAUAACGUUACCAGUGAUGUGUUUGGUGAUUAUUCCAGAAGUUUCUCCUCCAGAAGAACCUUUCGCAAAACAUCCCCAGAGCUGCUGGAUAUGAGAUACAGGGAUGAGGAUGACACGCCGCUGGUGCAAAAGUUCAGGUCCAAAACUGGUCGGAAAAAUACAACAUACUGGUAUUUCCUCCAGUGUAAAAGGCUAAUCAAAGAGGACAAACUGGCUGAGGCAUUACUUCUGUUUGAGGCUGAUAUGCUCAAAGGUGAGAGAUUACAGGCUGAGGAGUACAAUUACACCGUUCUCAUCGGCGGAUGUGGACGUGUGGGCUACCUAAAGAAAGCCUUCCAGCUGUACAAUAAAAUGAAGAAACGAGGGGUAGAGCCAUCAGAUGCUACAUACACUGCACUGUUCAAUGCUUGUGCAGAAUCACCAUGGAAGCAGUCAGGGUUGGACCAGGCACUAAAGCUUAAGCAAGAGCUUAUCAGGAAGAACAUCCCUCUCAGUGCCAUAACCUGGCAAGCUUUACUCAAAGCAGUCGCUCUUGCUGGAGAUCUGAAGUCGUGCUUUCAAAUUCUGCGGGAGAUCCUUCAAAAUGGACAACCCAUCACACAAGAGACAUUUCAUUAUCUGCUGAUUAGCUGUGCGAACGACAAGCAGCAUGGGUUCAGGCUGGCUUUACAGGUGUGGCACCAGAUGCUUAGGAUUGGAAUAAAACCAGACACUCAAAAUUACACCAUACUCCUGCGCAUAGCACGAGAUUGUGGAAUAGGUGAUCCUGGUCUGGCUUCUGCGUUACUGCUGAAGAGAAAUGAAGAAGUGACCCCAAAACUCACAAGUGGAAGGAAAAGCCGUCGGACAAUGUCCAAAGGGGGGACAUUGUGUCAGCCUUUAGAUAUGGAUGCAUUUGAGAAUGAGCUGUUUGUAGACACACACACACAGGGCCAUGGGCAAGCCAAAGAGAGUGAUUUCACCCUUCUAAAGGAAAAAGAUUCAUGCAGAAUAGACACAUCUCAAGAUGAGACUCGAGUGGUGCCUGUAUUAUCAAGUGGCUCUCUGACCUGUCAAUCACAUUUACCAACACAAAGUUCCCACCUCCCAAACCUUCUGGACCCCAGCACGUGCCACUCAGGUGUGGUUGCCUUGGGUCCUGUGAAUAGUGCUUCGGAUAGACUUGCUCUGAUUGGAAAUCUUGGUGGUUUUUUGGAGAAAAUGGCCAAGGAUGGACUGGAGCCCAACAUAAAAACCAUCACACUAUUGGCUGAUGUCAUGGAAGCUGGUAGCCAAUCAAUGCAGAGUUUGAUUAAUGUGGCCAAAGAGAGUGGUGUCAAGCUGGAUGUGACAUUCUUCAACACUAUGAUCAGAAGGGUGGCCAAAGUUGGAGACUUGAAUGGGGCUAAGGCAGUAAAAGCCCUUAUGGUUGACAGAGGACUGGCUGCGAACACUCAGACGUUCUGUUGUAUUGCUCUGGCUUGCCGCAGACAGAAAGAUGCGAUACAACUCUUUACUGAUAUGGAGUCUUGUGGACUUGUGCCGAAUGCUCAUGUAUACAGUGCCCUGAUCAGCCAAGCAUGCAAGCGUUUGGACUACGCUUAUCUACACGAACUUCUUCUACACAUGACCAAACUGCAGGUGCCGCCCAAUGAUGUCAUCAUCAGACAGCUGGAGUAUGCAUCUCAGUAUCCUCCUUCUUAUGACAAGUUAAAAUCACGGAACAUAUACCUGGACAAGAUUGAUGGAUUCCGUGGUUUUUACAGAAAAUGGCUGGAGUUCAUGCCUGGCCAGGAAACUCCACACCCCUGGGCAAAGUAUCGAUCCCCAAAACCAGAAACAGAACAAGAUGGAGUCACCUCACAAAAUCAAGUUUCUGAAUAAAUCAAAUUCCUGAAAUCUGUGUGUUAAAGUGUAUGAGGAUAAUCUGAGGCUGAUUUUGCAUAUUUCAUGUAAUAAUUGUAGAUAUGAUUUGUAUACAUUAAAUCAUUGUAUUUA